AUGAGCGGCCCUGAACCACCCAGUGAGACCUCUGGGCCUGACGCCCCCACCUGGCCGACUCAGCCCACCUACAGCAACCUCGGUGAGGUCCGUGGCCAACUGCUGCCCUCCAAGGCUUGCUGCCCCCGGACAUCCGGGCGCCCCCCGACUGACUCACAGCCCCUGCCCCCACCCCUGCCCAAGAAGACCCUGGCCAGGACCCAGUCCCUGCCCACCCACAGGGCCCGCAGCUCCAGCCCUGCUCCCGCGGGGCAGCCUCGGAGGCCCUUUCUGGGGUCCCACAGUGUGGACGAGAGCCAGGCAGGCAACGACCGGCCUUGGGCCUCCUGUCCCCCGGCGGAGCCGCACUUCCACUCGCUCAACAGCCCGCUGGGCCUCGCCUGGCCCGUCCUGCACUGCCCCGAGGCCAUGCGCACCGUGCUGGAGGCCCGGCAGCUGGAGGGGCUCCGAACCGUGCAUGCCCGGCUCCAGGCCCGGCUGCUGGGGGGCCGCCCGGGCCCCUGCCAGCCCGGCCAUGACUUCCGCCUCCUGGACAGCUCGCCGUGCGUGGAGAGCGGAGACGCCCUCUACUACCGCCUGGUGCGGGUGGGCGGCGAGGCAUGGCACAUGCUUGCUGCCAAGGUGCCCAAGCCGGGAGCUGAGGAGCCCCAUCCAUGGGGCCUGGAGCUGCAGGCCUCGCUGGCCCCGCACUUCAACCUGCAGGGGCUGUGCGGCCUGCUGCCCGAGAGCGCGCUGCCCGGUGUGCCCUGGAGAGGCCCCGUGGUGCUGACGGCCGAGGUGCCCGAGUGCACGGUGACCCAGUGGCUGUCAGAGGUGGGCAGGCGGCCGCGGCCCGCGGAGUUCCCCUGGGUCGUGGCCCUGCUGCUGCUGCAGCUGAGUUCAGCCCUGGAGCACCUGGAGGCGCGGGGCGCGGCCCUGGCGGAGCUCCGGCCCGAGAACCUGCUGCUGGCGGCGCCUCGGGGCUGUGCAGCGGCCGGGCCCCCACGCCUGCUGCUGGCUGACUUUGGCCGCGUCCACCCACGGCCCCCAGGACCCCCCGGCGCCCACGCGCAGCAGCUGAGCCGCCUGCUCCGCGCCCUACUCGGCCCUGCUGCGCCCUUGGCCACGCCCCUGGCCGCAGGCCUGGAAACUCUGGCGCGGCAGCUGCCCCGCUCGCGGCCCUCGGCGGCCCAGACGCGGGCUGCGCUGCAGACGCUGCUCUGGGGGCCUGGGCCUGAGCUGCACCGCCAAGGAGCCCCGCUAGGGCCCUGGCUGCAGGUGGGCCGCGCACUGCUCGUCCUGCACCUGGCCGAGCGCGCCGCGGCCGGGGAGGUGCCGGGCCUGGAGGAUUGGCUGUGCUGUGAAUACCUGGCUGAGGCCACGGAGGCCUCCCUGGGCCACGCCCUGGCACUACUGUGGGACUGA